AUUCUAUGGAUGGAGACAAUGGAUUCACUAAUGAUGCCCCUGAUGCUUUGAAGUUAAAGUUCACAGUGUGUCAUAUGAAGUUUAGCAGUGUGUCAUAUGAAUCUCAAUUUUUUGAACAAGAAAAUGAAUUUGGGGAUUUGAAUGAACAAAGUGAAGAUAUUGCUGAAAAUUAUGACAAGCACCAAGAGUUAACCACCAAAACACAGGAUUCUGAAGAUAUCUUUACCAAGCAAUCUAUCUCUAUUAUUACAGAGGAAUCUAAACAACCAUGUCAACGUAGUCAAAGUCAUUUGUCACCCACUGGCCACUAUACUGGGUUAUUGUUACAGUUUGACUUUGCAUCAAAUGUAUCACGUCAGCAAUCCUUUGUUGUUCAUGAUUAUAAUGCAAACAAAAGAACAAUUAUGCAUAAUUCAUUUGUAAUUGUUCUUCGAUAUCCCCACCUAUUGCUUGAUGGCUAUGGUUGGAUAUUGUGCUGCUCAUGUGAUGCAAAUAGAAAGCAAUUUGUUGAAUCCCUACCUAAUAAUAUACAAUUAGAUCCUCAAAAAGAUAUACCAUAUCCCAGUUGCAUACACGUAUUAGCAAUGGAAAAUUAUCUGGUUGUGUAUGAUAGAAAGUUUGGUAUUGAAGCCAAAGAUUUUAUUGAAAAAAAAUCCACAUCCAUGAUGCAGUCUGUUUUCAGUGAUCAUUCCUACCAUGAGAUGCGACCUGAAGAAGUAUAUUUUGUUAUGUGAAAAUAACUUUUUUGUACAAAUACACAUAUAGUUUCUCAACCUUCUAAUACCCCACAAUUUGUUACCAUACAUCCUGUGCCUAAGUUCAGGAGCUUCUAUAUAGCUAUUAGGGUGAUAGCCAACAGGGCAAAUUGAAUUUAUUUAUGACUAUUGAGGUAUACACAUUCAUACUCAAAUACAUACAUAGCCACAUACCUACAGUACAUACAUUAAGUAGUAUAAACUAAAUGUAUGAUAAAAAUAGUAAAGUCAUAUUCACCAUUUGCUUUACGUGCCUGAUAUAUAUAUUAAAGUGCACAUACAGCCUUUCCAAAUUCGUUGAACUUUUAAGGUUUAGACUGUGGAAAAUAUGAUUUCGAAGAAAAUUUCGUAAAAAAAAUAAAAACAAAGUUUUUUUGGCGGUUUGAA